GAGUUUCCUUGUCCGCCAAAGGUCCACAAGAGGUAAAAAAAUGGAUUGAGAAUGGAAAUGCUGGGUGGUGCAUCCCCGGGGAGUCGAUGGGCCCUGAUCUUAUGACAUGGCUUCACCUGAGUAACGGAAAAUAUCUGUUGCUUGUCAUCCAAGCCAAAUGCCACUUUAGUGGCAACAAGGACACAAUCACCGCAGAAGCCACUGCCGAUGCUAUUCGCUCCCUCAUUCCCGAUAAGUUCUUUGCUUCCCUGUCGCUAACUGAAAUGCUAGAAUAUAUAAAUAAGCCAAGCAAAGGGCCAUUCAUGGGGGGUCGAUACAACAUACUACGGGUUGUUGCCGCAUUCCCCUUGGAUGUAAACUUUUCCUCAAUAUCUAAGCACGUACAAGAUGCAUUGAGCGAAGAUAAGCACGACCUAGCCAGCUUUUCCCACACGGCCCUUGUCUCGGCACUUGCUACAAUAUCGGAUUAUGGUGAGAAUAUGGUGAAGGAAUUGAUGAAGGGUGUCGAGGAACAUCGGCUCAAACCGAGUGGAGGUGGUGACGCCAGUGAACCGUCUCCCAAACGUCGGAAGAUGAAUGACCAAGAUGCUACUAGGAUGUUUCUAGAUGUUUAG